AUGCAUCAGUGCAUGGUUCUGACACGUGGUAUUUGCUGGGCUCUCUCGUUGCUUUCACUCCCAAGCCGACCAGGGCAUGCAGUCAUCUCUGCUCACCCAGGAUUCUGGGUCCUUCGCCUAAGAUUCGGAGCCAUGAGCCGCGGAGUCUGGAGCCUGCUUUUGGCUGCGAGCUUGUGGUGGCCUUUCCCUUGCAAUGGCCAAAGCUGCCUGCUGCAAUACAAGACCGACACGGAGACCACACACCAGACAUACCAGGCUCAGGCGCAGGUUGGCAUGGAACUGGUCGUGCCGAUUUACCAGUGGCCGGCACCACUGGCUGGUUCUAUGUACGAACAAGUGGCAACGUCGUCGGCGCGCUCAACUACGAUCAUCAAUCCAGGCAAUGGACUUGCUAACCAAUGCCAGGGUUCUUUGCCCUUGGACCCCGUGUGGAGACCUGUGGUCACCUUGUUUGAUAGCAACCCGCUCGCACGCACAAUUGGGUACGUCUACAGUCAGUGGGGCAGCCAUUCUUUGGCCGUGGUCAAGCAGUCCAUCGACAACUACUUCGCCUGCUUCGAUGUUGCAGGGAUCUUCGUGGACGAAACUGCCACAGAUCCCAGCAAAUGCAACGGCAAUGAUGCCUACUACGACCAACUCUACGCCUAUGUGAAAAGCAAGGACCCCUCCGCCGAGGUCAUGUGCAACCCUGGCACAGGCUUCGACUAUGAGUCUUGGAAGCACUGCUGUGAUCGGGCAAUGGUUGUCGAAGUGUCGCUGAGCUCCUUCACCAGCGGCUUCAAGGAUCCCAGCCCUUUCACCGGCCCCACAGGGUAUCCACCUGGCUUUGCCGUGGUGCUUGUCUAUGGGGUGCCUGGCGUGGCGGAGAUGCAGCAAGUGGUACGCCGGGCAGCAUGCAGCAAUUUCACGAAUGCAGACGGGAUAUGGGUAUUGGAAGAGGGCGGCGGUGGAAUUCUGCCAGGAUACACGACGAUGCCGGGCUAUUUUGCACAGCAGGUGGACUUCGUAAAGACGGCGAUAGAGCCAGAGUGCCCGCCGCCUCCCGCCCCACCAGUUUACACCCAAGCCCCAAGUGGGGGGAGUUGUUGGUUCAAUCCCAAUGACCUCAACUGCGAGAUUUGCUUCCCGGGCUACAACCAGUGCUCUUGGCAGGGAUGUUACAAGCACCAGUGCUCUCCAAGCGGUGGAAGUGCUUGCACAAACCCUUGUUCGGGUACCUGA